AAGGGGGUUCAUGGGGUUUCUCGAGGGACACGAAGCAGGAACAACAGAAAUGUUCACUCCAGUAUUUUGUUUUUCCUUUUUAGAAUUUGGAACAGAGUUAAAUGUUUUCUUUAUACAAUAGAUCUAAAUGUUAUCCCGGAUUGGUAGCGCUAUCUAUUGCGAGAAUGCUCAAACUUGUAGUCAAAUAGUACCAGAUAGUCUCCGCUAGAUUAUUAUAAAAUAUUUUGUUCAUAAAAAAGCCGAUAGUUGAUCAGUGAUAUUGGCGGGAAUCCCUAAAGUUUGAGAUUUCAUUAUUACUUGCUUAUUUGUUCUUCAGUGGAAUAAAAUACAAUUGAGAAACAAAUGACUUCAUAAUUUUUAAUUUGUUUUCAAGAUUAUGGAUGAAAAGAAUAAUUUAAAACAUUAUGUAUUAUCAGAGUAUACUUUGGAUAAAUUAAAACUGAUUAAAGAAGCAUUAAAAACAAGCACAGAUCAAGCUGAUCCUUUAUGGACUUUUGUGAUAGGAAAGGAAGAAAGUGAUACAUGUGUAAGCGAAGAGGAAAGUGUAGAUGAAAAUGAUGUAAAUAAUGAUCACAGUUUGUCCAAAAUGUCCAGUUGUGACCAAUUUCCAUCUACCCAGUUUUAUUUUACACAAUUCGACAAUAAUAUUGAUGACAAAAUGAAACAAACAUCUGUACAAAAAUGUGAUAUUGUAGAAUGUCUUUUGGAAGGUUUAGAACGUCCCAAUGGAAAAUUGGAUAUAAAUUUGUUAGAAAAUAUAAAUGAUGAAGAACUUGUGGAGUUAGUCUGUGAUUUAGAGAAAAAAUUAAACAUAACAGGUACCUAUAAUCUUUGUUGCUCUUUGAAUAAUAUGAGCUUAGAAGAAGGAAUGAAAUAUGUAUCAAUCUUUUAUACUUAUUUAUUAUUACCAAAGAUAAUUGCUUUGGAAGAACCUUCAAGAAUGUUAAUAUCUGCUAUUGUGGAAAGUGUGAAAAAAUUUCCUAAUGAUGUACAAAACUCAAUUUUCAUUCCUUUGUUAAAUGCUAAUUUAAAAGAUGCAACAAUUACCACUGCUAUAGUAAAUGCUUUUGAGUCUGAGCGAAAUCAUGUUUUGAUUGAGGAAUAUUUGUCACAUACAAAAGAACUUAAAUUAUGGCAUCUUCCUAUUCUACAGAGUCUAAUAUCUGUUAAAAUGGAUCCUGAUACAAAAGAAAAAUUUGUACAUCUGUUAUCUAAGAAAGCACUAGAAUUUUCUAAGGAGAAAAAUUUUGGUAAACUGGUAUUAUCAUUUAUAAAAGUUAAUGUAAACUUUUCAGAGCAACAAAAACUUUUAUUGUGGGAAAUUGGUGAUAUAAACCAAACAUUCUUCAAAAAACCUAUGCAAAACAUGUUAAAAGGGAUAAUGAAAAACUCAAAUAUCAGAUGAUAUAACCUGUCCCUUGAAUGAAAGGGAAUGGCAAACAGUUCUUAACGCGAAUGGAGAAGUGAAAACACUAUAAUGUAAAAAUGACGGAAGAACUUUCUGGCGUGGCAAUAGUAAUAU